AUGGGGCACAGGGUAGAGAAGAGACAUCUGUUGACAGCUGGAUCUCUGUACCCUCUAGGUCAACUUGCCACUGCUGUUGAGGGAUUUGAUAUGGCCUCUGUGGAGGAGCAGAAACAGCAGCGGAGUUACUUUGUGCGUCUGGGCUCCCUCUCUAACAAAGUCCGCCUCCGAGCCUACCGGCACUCCCUGAACAAACUGCAGCGUGUUAAGCAAAGCACGCAGGAUACUCUCUCCCAGCUGCAACUAGCAAUAAACCUGAUAGAGCGUGUGAAAGAUAAGGUUGGCCAGAAGCUUCUGGACGGGCAGGAGAAGCUCCAUCAGCUAUGGCUAGACUGGAGCCUGACCCAACCCAAGGGACACCAAAUUAAAACUGCCUCCCAACCAGAGCAGGUAGAGUCACGGACCCUAGCUAUGCUGCAUAUCAUCACCCAGCAGCUACAACCUGCAUAUGAGAAUCUGAAAGCCAGCAUUCAAGGCCUCCCCAGCAACAUCCAAGAAACUGUACAUCAAGCCACUCAAAGCAUCCAGAAGCUCCACACUUCUUUUGCCAGUGCUAAGUCCUUCCAGGACCUCUCUGGCAGCACCUUGACCCAGAGCCAGGACUGUGUGAGGGAAGCCCAAAGAUCCCUAGAUGACUUGCUAGAAUAUGUAACUCUCAACGCCCCUCUAAACUGGCUUGUGGGCCCUUUCAGGGCAUCAGCCAAAGUAUCACAAGACAGCAGAAAGGAGAAGAAAUGCAGUAUGAUGACUGAUAUGAAAUCACCUGCUUUGGAAAAGGGUAUGUCACCAAAGGAGGUAGCUGAAGCCCCCAAGGAAUCAAAGGGGGCAAACAGGAUCCUGGGGGAAGGGUCUAAAGUGCUAGACAGGUUGGAGGAGAAGGUAGAGAAAUGCACAGGAGAGGUGACAAAACCUGCAGAGGAGAUAGUAACUAAUGCACCAGAGGAGGAGCUCUGAAAAAUCCCGGUUCU